UCUAUACAUAAACUUACCGCGCCGAAUACGCCAUCGACGUGGCGCGGCGAUGGCGUGGGGGCGGACAUCCACGAGAACCCAUACGCCAUCGACGCGACGCUCCGUCGCAGAUGGCUAUUGCUUCUGGUUAAACGCCUUCGUGUCGGCGACGCGCCACAUGUAAUACGACGCCAGACUUCUAUAGGGCGCGUACGGCGCGAAGAGCGCCUCGAGCGUCGCCCGGUCCUUCUUUGCGUCGAGCGUCCCGUUCUUGCCGUGGCCGCUCACCCCAAAGAAGCGCUGCGCGCCGUUGCGGACUCCCAGGUCGCCGAGCGGCAGCACGUCGGGCCUCUUCAGGUCGAAUAUGAGGUACAUGUCGCAGGACCACGGUCCGACGCCCUUGAUGGCACAGAGCCUCUCGCGCAGUUCCUCGACGGGCGCGUCGCGCAGAAGCGCGUCCGACAGGUCCCCGGCCGCAAACGCUUGACACACGGCAACAAUAGCUCGGGCCUUCGCGCGGCUCAGCCCGCAGCUGCUCCGCGUCGCCUCGUCGAAGCCGUCGUCGCCCUCGGCACGCGACAGGAGCUGCGCGCGGUCGAAGCCCCGCGGGCAGAGCUCGCCGAGGGUCCGCCGCCAGAUCGACGCCGCCGCCGCGCCGGCGAGCUGCUGGCCGACCACGAUCCUACACAGCGCGCCGCACGCCGAGUCCUCCGCGACCUGCUCUUCGAGAUACGCGGGCGGGCCGUGCUCGUCGAUGACUGCCUUGAGCCGGCCGCCGUCGGCCUUGGCCACGUGCGCGAGGCCGGCGGCGGCCCAGGCCGGCGUAUGCGUCUUCUUGGGCGCCGGUGUUGUGGCAGCCCGGCGCUUUGCGACCUUGCUUGGCGUUGCUGGUGGGGCCCGCUUCAUGAAUGCGGCAGCGGUGGUCAGGAGUGCGAUGGUGCUGCGGAGUGCCGUGAUUCCGCAGGGAUGUUUGGAAACGUCUCUUGGGCCUUGAACAGGCGUGUAAAGGCUUGCUCGGUAGUGGCUUUUACUCUGUUUUGUGAUUUUUGCUCGGAGAGCAUGAGCUGCUAG